AUGCUCUCCAUAUCGAUAAUACGGCACAUUCUCUGGUGUUCAUUAAUAUAUUGGCAAUUAGUUAUCGCCUCUGCGAUACCUACCAAGCAAAUUAUUCUAGGUGUCCACCAACAACGAAUUCACAAUGACUCGCCUCAAGGCACAGGCCAGAUCGUGAUUUCCACAGGACAAAUUGUUACGCUCAACGGCCUUCCAUAUUAUUUACCACCUGAACCAGUGAAUUCAAUAAUGCUUCCAGCCGGUGCAAAACUUAAUUCUGGUCUGAAUGCUUUGACAGUUUUUAGACCAACUUCUCUACCUUUUGGCAAGGAAGAGCUUGAGACUACUGUUGAGAGUUACUUAAGUGAAGAUGAUGUUUUUGCAAAUGAGUUUCUGCAAGUGAUCUACAUACGCUCAAACGAGGAAACAGAUAACACCCUAUCUCACUCAAACCUAACAAGGUACAGUGCCAAAUUAGUUCUCACGGGAUCAGCCGAUCUCCCCCCUGGGCCUUACUUUCUCUCCUCCGAAGGCCACGUAUAUCAGGCCUUGAGACUACUCGCCGAUACCCAGGGAGCGUUUUCCCAAAGUCUUGUAGUCAAUACAGCAGAUGGCUCUUAUUCACCAUUACCAGCGGCUUUACCGGGUGUUGACUCAGCUAUUGCUAUACCAUCACGUCUAUACUUCACAAAGACUUCAUCUCAGCCAUUGGCAGGUGUACGACUCGCUGUCAAGGACAUUUUUGAUAUUGAGGGUAUCCACACUUCAGCUGGUAGUCGAGCUUGGUACCACUUUUACCCUCCUGCGAAUGCAACGAGUCCCGUUGUAAAUGCUCUCGUUGAUGCGGGUGCCAUCAUCGUGGGAAAAGUAAAAACAUCUCAAUUUGCCAACGGACAACUAGCCACCGCAGACUGGAUUGACUACCACUCCCCUUUCAACCCGCGAGGGGACGGAUACCAACAACCAUUCUCAUCUUCCACCGGUGCCGGUGUUGGUAUCGCUUCAUAUGACUGGUUAGAUCUAGCACUUGGGACAGAUACAGGAGGAUCAAUUCGCUUUCCGUCACAGGCCAAUGGUGUGUUUGGCAUUCGAGCAUCACAUGGAGCUGCAAAGUUGGAGGCAGUUGUUCCAUUAGCUCCUCAAUUUGAUACUGCUGGUCUUAUUGCGCGGAAUCCGGCUGUUUGGAAGGCUGCUAGUCAGAUAAUAUACCCAGAUACAGAAUUCAACUGGUCUGCAUAUCCGAAGAGGAUUCAAACGGCUUUUACGAGCCCGUUAGACUCGUCUGAUCAGAUUGAUGCUAUGGUAGAGGAGUUUCUAGAGCGGUUAACCGAUCAUCUAUCAGCCUCUCUGGUCAAUCUCGAUAUUCCUGCAUUAUGGACACAAACCCAUCCCUCGAGUAUGUCCUCAGAUUUGACGGAAGCAAUCGACAAGAUCUACCCAACCAUCAUCGGCAUUGAACAGGCACGCCUCGUCCGCGACCCGUUCUACACCGAUUACAAAGCCCAACACUCCGGACGCCGGCCCUUCGUAAACCCAGCGCCACGAAUCCGCUGGGGAUAUGGCGACUCCCUGCCAAACGGAACUUUCCAAGAAGCAAUCACCAAUCAGACAGCAUUUCAAUCCUGGAUCGCCAAUAACGUAUUGAAACCCAACCCUCAAUCAUGCUCGGAAAGUCUCUUGGUAUACGUCGAAUCCGCUACUAGAACGCCAUUAUAUCGUGACUUCUACCGCGAUGAACCUACUAUCCCCUUUGGUUCCGGCGCGAAUAUGAUUAGUGUUUAUGCUGGUGUGCCGGACAUGGUGGUACCAAUUGGCGAAAAGACGUACGUUAGUCAAGUGACUGAUCUCGAGGAGAUGUCGCCGGUUAGUGUGGAUUUGGUGGCUGCUAGGGGUUGCGAUGGGAUGCUUUUUCAGUUGGUUGAUGAGCUUGUUCAAGUGGGAAUACUCAAAAAGGUCAAGGCUGGUCGGUCGUUGGUUAGUGGUGGAGAUGUUUUGUUUUGA